AUGAGUACAGCAGGAAAAGUAAUAAAAUGCAAAGCAGCUGUGCUAUGGGAGCUCAAAAAACCAUUUUCCAUUGAGGAGGUGGAGGUUGCACCCCCUAAGGCCUAUGAAGUUCGUAUUAAGGUGGUGGCCACAGGAGUCUGUCGCUCAGAUGACCAUGCGAUUAAUGGAUCUUUGGUCACACCUCUUCCUGCGAUCAUAGGCCAUGAGGCAGCCGGCAUUGUGGAGAGCAUUGGAGAAGGGGUGACUACAGUAAAACCAGGUGAUAAAGUCAUCCCACUCUUUGUUCCCCAGUGUGGAAAGUGCAGUGUUUGUAAACACCCGGAAGGCAAUUUCUGCCUGAAAAACAGUAUGACCAAGCCUCGGGGGACCCUUAUGGAUGGUACCAGCAGGUUCACCUGCAGAGGGAAGCCCGUCUACCAUUUCAUCGGCACCAGCACCUUCACUCAGUACACAGUGGUGGAUGAGAUGUCGGUGGCCAAGAUUGAUGCAGACUCACCGCUGGAGAAAGUCUGUCUCAUUGGCUGUGGAUUUUCUACUGGUUAUGGGUCUGCGGUCAAAGUUGCCAAGGUCACCCAGGGCUCCACCUGUGCCGUGUUUGGCCUCGGAGGAGUUGGUCUGUCUGUUAUCAUAGGCUGUAAGGCAGCUGGAGCAGCCAGGAUCAUUGCAGUGGACAUCAACAAAGACAAAUUUGUAAAGGCCAAAGAGGUGGGUGCCACUGAGUGCAUCAACCCUCGGGACUAUGAGAAACCCAUCCAGGAGGUGCUGAAGGAAAUGAGUGGUGGAGGUGUGGAUUUUUCAUUUGAAGUCAUCGGUCGUUUUGACACCAUGAUGGCUGCCUUGUUGUGCUGUCAAGAAGCAUAUGGAGUAAGCGUCAUUGUAGGAAUAGCUUCUAGUGCCGAAAAUCUCCCUAUGAACCCCAUGUUGCUGUUGACUGGACGUACCUGGAAAGGAGCUGUUUUUGGUGGCUUUAAGAGUAAAGAUUCUGUCCCCAAACUUGUGGCUGAUUUUAUGGCUAAGAAGUUUCCACUGGAUCCAUUAAUAACCCAUGUUUUACCCUUUGAAAAAAUAAAUGAAGGAUUUGACCUGCUUCGCUCAGGAAAGAGUGUCCGUACCGUCCUGACAUUUUGA